GUGGAGCUGACUUUUCGUUCGUCACGGAAGAAUUUUGUGUAGCAAGAAAUUUUUGUAAUCUAAUUCAAUUAAUCGCCUUUUAUUCAAAAUGUUUUCAUGGAAUCAUAGUCUAUACUCCCUAUCCUAUCGGUCAAUUAAAGUUGUCCCGUUUCGGUCCACCGUACUUUAAGAUAUGCCUUUUAUUUACAAGAAGACUCUUAGUGAAACAGUGAAUUCGAGUUUGUAUUCGCGAUUCAUGCUAUUUGUUUAGCACAAUGGAUAAAGGAGUAACUUGUGAGCAUCUAACCAAACUCGCAGAUGUCAUUGGGAAGGAGCUAUGGCAAGCAAAAGAUUCAUUAACAUGUUACGACUGCGGUUGCCCUGGCCCGAACCUAUGGAUAUGUUUACAGCCAGAAUGUCACCAUAUAGGUUGUUCUGAAGUAAAAAAUGACCAUAGCACAAUACAUCAGAAGAAUUUCCCAACUCACUGCGUUCAUAUGAACGUAUCCACGGAACGGAUAUGGUGUUACAUCUGCGAGAAAGAGGUUCACAUCCGUGCUGCUCUGGCGCAAGCGUCGACGAGUCCGGACUCGACGUCGAUAGAGGGCCCCUCGUUCGAGGCGGCGACACUCGGCCUCCACUCCGACGACGACCUGGAGGUGGACGACAUGGAGUACGACGACGACACGCGGCCGAGAGGUCUGGUGGGGCUCCAGAACAUGGGCAACACUUGCUAUAUGAACGCGGCACUGCAGGCCCUCAGUAAUACGGCACCGCUCACUUCUUACUUCUUGGAGUGUGCGGCUGCAGUUUACGUAUUGGCAGCGGAUAAGAAGCCAGCUAUAAGCAGAGCAUACCAAAAACUAAUCAAAGAAAUAUGGAGUAGAAAAACUAGAGGCUACGUUGUACCUAACGGUAUUCUUUAUGGAAUAAGGAAUGUUUAUCCGAUGUUUCGCGGAUACCACCAACAUGACACGCAAGAGUUCCUGCGAUGUUUCAUGGACCAACUGCACGAAGAAUUAAAGGAACCUGUGUGGGACGCAGUGACGGACGACAAAUUAUCGUCUGAAGCAGACGGUGACCACCAGGAGAGCAGGAUCGUUCAUGUGCGACGCCGGGCUGCUUCCUCCGGAGCUAGUGACGCGCCGUUAUUCGCGAGAAUGAGGCGAAAAUCGCCAGCGUCGUCUUCUUAUAGCGAAUCUAGAGCGGAAGGGUAUUUGAGGGUUCAAGGCCACGAAGCGUCGUCUAAGCACAGAAGAUCGGCUAGCUUCGCAGGCACGCACCAGUUGGCAUACACAGCUGUCAAUCACCAAAUCAACGGCAACAUAGCGAGUCCAGAUAGCGGUCAACGGGACGUGGGCUCAGAAUCUGAAUUAUCCUGCUCGAGUGAAGCGGAAGAGAGAUACGAGACUUGUUCCAGCGGCGCUAGUGAUAUACAAGACGCGUUACCGGAUAGGCCGCUCAAACCGCAGUCGACUACUUGCGGUGGCGGCGACGGAGGUUGUGCCGGAACUAAAUACCGCAGCAUCAUCUCCGAUGUGUUCGAUGGGAAACUGCUGUCUUCUGUGCAAUGCCUGAUAUGCGAUAGGGUAUCGACUCGCGUGGAAACAUUCCAAGACUUAUCACUGCCGAUACCUUCUCGGGAACACUUGGCCGUCAUACGAUGCCAGCAACCGCCAAGUAAUCCACAAAACUCAACACAUGAGUCAUGGUUAUGGUGGGUUCUGGGCUGGCUUCGGUCCUGGCUGUACGGGCCCGUGGUGUCGUUACAAGACUGCCUCGCCGCCUUCUUCAGUGCGGACGAGCUCAAAGGGGACAAUAUGUACAGUUGUUCUCGCUGCAACAAGCUCCGUAACGGAGUGAAAAUGUCCGGAGUCGUCCGUCUACCGGAAGUGUUGUGCGUACACUUGAAGCGGUUCCGGCACGAACUAAUGUUCAGCGCUAAAGUCGCAGCCCGGGUCUCUUUCCCCUUAAGAGAUCUGGAUAUGUCACCAUACACACAUAAAGAGUGCACAUCGAAAAUCAGUCGUUACGAACUGUGCGCGGUAAUAAGCCACGCUGGCACCGCCGGGGGCGGCCACUACACGUGCGUGGCCAGGAACCAGCGCCACUGGUACACGUACGACGACCAGUGCGUCACGCCCGUGUCCACGCACCAGGUGCUGCACUGCGAGGCCUACGUGCUGUUCUACAAGAAAGUGAACCCGCAAAUGGCCGUGUUGAGACAGAAGGCCGCUGAAAUAUUGGAGUCGACGAGCGUCGAGCCCAACGACAUCAAAUUCUACGUCUCCAAGCAGUGGAUCAACAAGUUCAACACAUGGGCUGAGCCGGGGCCCAUAGACAACAGUGAUUUCGUGUGCUGCCACGGCGGCGUCAGGCCUGACAGGGGGAGGCAUCUCCCCCACCUAGUGGCCUGUCUACCGCAGCCUCUAUGGGAGUUUCUGUACGCACAAUUCGGCGGCGGACCGGCAGUAUCGCACGUCCACGAAUGCGGAGUAUGCGCGCGCGCAGCUCAACGGUUACGGACGAGACGAGCAAGGGAACUAGCCGCCUUCUGCGACCUGCACGCUAUAUUCCAGGAACAAGAACGCCCUCGCGCUAUAUACGCCAUCAGUAUGCACUGGUUCCGCCAAUGGCAAGCGUUUGUUCGCAACAAGACGCCACAACCCCCGCCACCAGUCGACAAUACAGGGAUCGUCACCACUCAGGAGGUCGACGGCAAAACAACUCACACUUUGAAACAGGGCUCGGAUCACGCGCAACUAAGCGAAGAACUGUGGCGAUUCUUUACGGACACAUACGGGGGAGGGCCCGAGGUCAAACUGCGGGCCCCUAUGGCACCCCUGUCCCUCCCUCGACGGAACCCACCAACCACCCCCCAUUCCGAAUCCGACCGCGAAGACUACUGCACCAAUUCUGACUUCAACAUCAGAGAAUCUAUCCAAAACCAAUUACAGAAGAACCAAUCCCUACAAAACAUCAACAGACGUCACAGAAGAACAGAUUCAGAUGACGACCCUUACAAAUAUUACAGGAGACAAGAGCCCAACGGCAACUACGAUUCGGACGAGGAAAUGGACACAAACCCCCCACAAAAUUAUGUAAAUGCGGUCCGAAUGGAGAACGGCGUCGACGGCUCCUCAGAUCACGACGCGAAUGACAACCCAGUGACAGACGCGGACCUGCCAAAUUUAGACAGCAUAUCGCUCAAAACCAAAUGGUCGAAAAGCGGCAAAGUGAGGAAAACCAAAAGAAGGACAGUGAAAUGAUUCUUUCUCGCUCUCGCAUUCGUACACAGGCUGAGACGGAUGGUCGCAGGCCGCGAUGACGUUUGAACUCUCGCAACAUUCCUUACUCCGGUGUGUGGACUAUAGUGUUCGGUGUUUGUGCAUUUAAAAAUUUGGUCCCACGAGCCCGAAUCGGGACUCGAGUGAUACCUAAUUAUAUUUUUCUAAAUCGACUUUAAAUCAAAUCAAUGUGCGGCCUCCGCGACCCUUCUCAUUGAUGGAGGGUGUUAGUAUUUUUAGUACAAUUCAAAACGGUUUAGUUCAAAUUUCAUGUAUAGAAUUGUUAGUACCACGGAUUUAUGGUGUUAUUCUGGAUAACGAUCGUAUUGUAUAUAUAAACAUAUAUACAUCGUGUAUAUCUUGUAAUUAAAAACUAAAAUAAUGAUAAAGUUAACCACCCCUGCCUGUGUAUAGAUAAAUUCAAUGUUUAUAUAUAGAUGGAUUAUAUUUCUGACUGCAUUUUCUUACGUUUCUUCUUUUACCAUGUGGAUUAGGUAUUUAUUUUGUUAUUUCUGGUUCUAAGUCUAUAUGUUAUUUGUUAAUUGAUCAAUAAUAAAAAAUAUAUUUCACCUAUAUUGGCUGCAAA